AUGGCCGCCGAUGGUGCUGUGUCGAUGCUGGACGCGCCACUACAGGUGCUAGAAAGUCUGCAUCUUCUUCCCAGCUCCGCACCUGGCGAUAACCGUGUGCAUCGUCGUGAAGUUGCUCGGUACUUGCGUGACCUGGCCCGUACGCCUCUCGAUGUGGUCGAGCAGCAUCCAGCGCAGCAGCAAUCCGCUGCGGCCUCAUUGGAGCACCAGCUUUUGGAUCUCAGUCUACGAAGCACACAUACCUUUGUGGAUAUUCAGUCAGCUUGCAACGAAUUCCCCACCUUGUUUGAGGCGUGUGACACAACGUUCUCGUCCCUCACGACGCAGCAUGCCCCGAAAGUCGAAGACGCGGCGCGUCUCUUCCAUACUACCGCGCAAAAAGCUAUGGCAUCAAGAAAAGCGAUGGAACGUAUGGACGAUGUCCUGGAUACCGCCCUGCUCCCCCUUCUUCAAUACCCUACUCUGAUUCGGGCCUGUGUCGCACAGGCUCAAUACGAAGAAGCCCUACAGCUCAUGCAGCGCUAUUUCGACGUCCUGCCUGCCAAAGACGGCGGUAUGCACCAUAUUAUUGAGGCCCUGCAUACAGAUAUGCACCAUGUGCUCUUGCAUGUACAGCACGUCUUUCUGGAGGCCUUGGCAACGCCCUCGCUGACCUUGGCGCAAGCACGAUCGUAUACCCACUACCUGGCGCGCUCCAUUCAACUGCGCCAGCAUACAUUUAGCGAAACACCGUCGGAUCUGCAGAUGCCGGAUGUAUGUUUCGCGUUCCUGUACACACGUCAGCGGCGUUUGCAGACUGUCCUUGAGCACGAGUCGCCUGUGCUGGACGUCAUCGAACGUUGGCGUACGUUGAUGCUGUCCACAUGUACCAUGACUCUCUCCCUGUUUAUGGACAGCCCAAUAACGGACACGGACGUGGCUGCAUGUACGCAGCUCUUUGCGUCGUUUACGGUACUGGCUAUCGAGACUCUCUAUGCUUUUGUGUCUGCACAUUUGCGACGCUCUUGGACGCCCACCGACGCUGUAUCUACGUGGGAGGCCACCACUGAGGGAUGGGCAGAGCUGUAUGCCAAGCUCUGUGUCACCUCGGAUAGUCUCUCCGACGUGGGCGCAGCGCUGUGUCUCUCCAUGAUCACCGAGCCAUCCAUGGAGGCAGGUGCGUCUAAUGUGUGGGAGUCUACUGCGUUGCAACUAUGGCGCGCUGCCUUACGUGCUGUUCGCACAGAGCCCGUAGCGCCUGUCCCGAGCUCCUCAUCGAAACCGUCCGAUGUGCAGCACGUACCACCGAGUCCGCGCUGA